GAGUCAAGUUUUCUGCUCGAGAAAGAUUUUUUGGAAUUUCUCAACCUUAGUCUGUAUAUAAAUAGAACUAUAUUAGAAACUAGCUAGGAAUUCAUGUUCUAUAUUAUUUUCAUGGUUUUCUGAGGGAGGAAACCAGAAAAAAAGAGAUUCACCAUAAAAAAAAGAAAGGAAAAAAAAAAAAAAAACAACAACAACAAAAUCAAAGAAUGAAGAUUACCGAGUUACCGGGAGGGUGCAUUUCCCAUAUAAUAUCCUGCACUUCCCCAAAAGAUGCUUGCAGGUCGUCUCUGGUUUGUUCUAGGUUCAGAUCAGCCACUGAUUCAGAUUUGGUUUGGAGAAAGUUUCUUCCCCAUGACUAUCACCAAAUCCUUUCAAAUUCAGCUUUAGCAUCAUCAUCCAUGGAUUCCCUUUCCAAAAAGAAGCUUUUUCUCCACCUUUCUGACAACCCUAUCAUCAUUGACAGUGAUAAAAACACGAGCUUUAAAAUAGACAAAGAAAGUGGAAAAAAAUGCUUUAUGAUAGGUGCAAGAACACUUUCAAUCGCGUGGGGAGAUACUCUGGCUCAUUGGCGGUGGAUAUCUUUACCGGCAGAGUCUCGCUUUUCUAGAGUGGCUGAACUGAGGCAUAUAUGGUCGCUAGACAUCAAGGGAAGGAUCAAAACAAACCUUCUGUCACCAAAAUCAACUUAUGGAGCUUAUUUUGUGUAUAAACUUAAGGAACCUAACUGGGCGAUUAAGGAUAUACAAGUUGAGUUUCGAGUAUAUUUUGAAGGAGAAGAGGAGGUCAAUGAACAUGUGAGUGGGUGUAAAGUGUUCUUAGACCCUUCAGAAGAUGAGCAGGAACCAUGUAAAGUUAGAGAAGAUGGGUGGUUGGAGGUUGAAAUGGGUGAGUUCUUCAAUGAUGGCAGCGAGGAUAAUCGGGUGGUGGUAUGCAGCCUAAUGGGGACUGAUAAUUAUAUCAGUAAGGGUGGACUGGUUGUUGAAGGAAUUGAGUUUAGGCCUAAGUUAGGUUCUUAAAAGUUGCUGAACUUAGAGUUGCAUGUUGGCUUGACAUCAAGGGAAGGAUAGAAACGAACAUUUUAUUGUCGAAAACAACUUAUGGAGCUUAUUUUGGGUAUCGACUUCUAUGCAGAUGUGGGUUUGUGAAAAAGCGGUUAAGGUACAAGUAUAUUUGAAGGAGAAGAGGAGGUUCAUGGAUUGGGGUAGGUGUAGUUUGUUCUUAGACCCUUCAGAAGAUGAGUAGCAACUAUGUCGAUGUAGGGAAGAUGCAUGGAUAGAGGUGGAAAUGGGUGAGUUCUUCAAUGAUGGUGGAAUGGGUCAUGGUGUGGUGUUAUGCAGUCUAAUGGAGACCGAUUGUUUUACCACCAAGUGUGGAAUGGUUGUUGAAGGAAUUGAGUUUAGGCCUAAACCUGGUAGAUAGAAAUAUAUUUAUGCAUUUUUAACUAGUUUUCUAUCACCUUUUUUUUAGUCUUUACCAGAAAAUAUAUGGUCCUCUACAAAGACCAGAGGAGUUGUACUCCUUUUCAAAGUCGUGUUCAAGCAAUUCUGUUCAUAUAUUAGGGUUCUUUUUAUCGAUCAUGACUUAUUUAUAAUCCUAUUCUUUUUAUCCAUCAUGACUUAUUUAUAAUCCU